AUGGCUGCAGAACUCACUUCAACAAAGCUCAACCCCGAGAGCCAUCUCCUCUUGGACCAACCUCUCCUCCGCCUCCCCCACGAACUAGCAAGACGAAACUUCAAAUCCGUGCAAAGAAUCGUCGAACGAGAAAGAGAUUACAUCAUCCCCGCACUUAAAGAAACCGCAAAUGGCUCGUUGGCCGGCACUCAAACCCCCGAUCAGACACUCGCCUCCUUGGAUGCCAUGAUAGCCAGAAUGCAGGGAUUGAAACGGAAGAUGGAGUCUCUUCAAGAAGAGGAGAAGAAGAUCCAGACACAGUCGAAGAAACGUAUCCAGCACCUUCAAGACCUCUAUAAGAUUCAGACUCUGGCGGAUGUUAAAUAUGAAGAAUGGUCACGGACACGACUUGAUAGAUUAAUCGUCGAUCAUAUGCUACGUUCAGGCUUUUCGGAAAGUGCAAAGCAGCUGGCAAAAGCAAAGAAUAUCGAAGACUUGGUUGAUACAGGCACUUUCGUCCAGUGCCAGCGGAUUGCAGAGAGCCUGCGGUCAGGAGAUGCCAGGGAAGCACUGCAAUGGUGUGGUGAAAAUAAAGUUGCUCUCAAGAAGAGUCAGAAUACCCUCGAAUUCGAGCUGCGCCUUCAGCAAUAUAUAGAGAUGGUCCGGACUGGACAGCCUACUAAAAUGAUUGAGGCCAUGCAACACGCCAAGAAGUAUCUUUCACAACACCUCGAGACGCAAUCUGUAGAGAUUCACCGUGCUGCCGGUCUUCUUGCCUUUCCAAGGGACACAGAUGCAGAGCCCUAUAAGUCUAUGUACUCUCUGGAUCGUUGGAAAUAUCUUUCCGACCUCUUUCUUCGCACGCAUCACGAGCUCCUCUCAUUGCCCCCACGACCACUACUACACAUAGCUCUAUCCGCUGGACUGUCCGCUCUAAAAACGCCAGCAUGUCACUCUCAAUAUACCUCCUCGAGCACCAACAACCAAUCAAUCACGACAUCACUAUGCCCCAUCUGCUCCACGGAACUCAAUGAGCUGGCUAGACAUGUCCCAUAUGCGCACCAUACGAAGAGCUCGGUAGAAAAUGAUUCAAUAAUUCUACCUAAUGGGCGAAUCUAUGGCCGGGAACGAAUACUAGAAAUGAGCAGGAAAGUAGAAUCUGUUGGGGAAGGCAAAGUGAUGGAUCCGACGACUGGUGACAUUUUUGAUGAGAAGGACAUGAAGAAGGUUUAUAUUAUGUAG